AUGCUGCUGCUGACAAUUGUGGUACUGCUGGUGGCUACGCCGGCUUCCGCUGCGACAGCUCGCUAUGACGCAACCAAGGCGCGCGCCGCCCAGGGAGCAUACCUGGGGUGCUUCAACGCAUCGGCACUCACCAUGGACCUCUCUGGCGCCGCCGCACUUGCGCCCGCGACGGCGGCCAAGUGCCUGCCCUUCUGCCGCUGGCGGCGGAUGCCACUCUACACCGUCACCCCAGCCUUCAGAUGCGCGUGCGGCGCAGCAGUCCCCAGUCCCAGCGCCUUGCUGCCAGAUGACGCCUGCGAAGCAGCCGUCCCAACGGGUGUAGAGGGUGCGGUGGCUGUGGCGCUCCCGGUGUUCUACACCCACUCACUCGCAAACGAGCAGUGCAGCGUUCGCCGCAUGUCCCUGGACUGGGACACGUUUGAGGCAGCGUACGGCGCUGAAAAUGCGCUGUUUGACGGCAGUGGCGACACCCUGGUGCUGAGGAUGCGCGGCGCAGACGGUGUGCGGGUGGCUGCGAGGCAGAGCCAGCUGUUUGGCAUGUUUAGCUUCAAGGCCCGGAUCAGCGAGAUGCCCGGCGUCAUCACGGCUGCAUAUGUGAGCAAGCUGCCGGGGCAGGGGGCGCGCAUUGUUGAGAAGUGA